AUGAAGUUUCUCACCGCUCUUACCGUCCUCUCCGGGGUUGCUUCUGCCGCCGUCAUCUCUCCUCCUUACCCUUACCCCAAGAAUGGGACAACGGUCAUCAAUAUGAAGCGUGCUCACGCAACGGACGCCACCCUCGGGUCUCUACUGAAGGCCGCUGCCAAAGCCUCGGAAAUGGUUGGCCUGCAGGCUCCCGAGACGAAGGAGGAGGUCAACAAGCUCAGCGAGGCUAUCUCCCAGUUUGAAAAGGCCGUUGGCAACAUCACUGUCCCUGAUAACAUGACGUCCAACUAG